AUGCCCCGCCAUGACAACUUUUCGGUGUGGAUAACUAUUGAAGGCGUCGAGAUAGAAGAAUACCAGGUAGACUUCGCCUUCCAGACCUUCGAGAUACAUUACAAACUUCAUGACGCCGCAAUUCCUCUCAGAGUAACCCCUCGCAUUGAUGGUGCGACGUAUUCCUUCAAGGACGUUCGUAGAGACCCGCAUGUGAAGGACAAGUUCUCAGGCGUGAGGGUCUCAGAGACAACAAGGCGACCCUAUAAAUUCUCGCCUAUCUCGCUUACAGAUAACGAUGACGCCCUCAAUCAGUCUAUGCAGAAUGUGGGCGACAUCGAGGUGGAAAUUAGCCGAGUUGAACUGCAUCGUAUGCAGCAUACACACAGACGUCACCGAUAUAAGGACGUACCAGAGGCUGUGGAAUAUAAUGAAAAGACCAAGAAGGGAAUAGAUCACCAGAUUGAUUUCGGGGACCCAAUUAUCACUCACCGGGCCACCGGGACCCACAGUCAUCGCAGUGUAUGCAUUGGGGAUCCAUUAGUCGUAUUCUGCUUCAAGUAUCGACCUUUGAGUGUGCUUCGCGCUCUUGACAUCGCACCUUUGCCUCCAGGACCUGCUCAGAAUACGACAGAAACUACCGUCAUCGACCUCACCUUCGAUGGGGAUGAAUCAGAGACGGACAGCAAAGAACUAGAAGCUCUGAAGGCAAGGAUACAGGUUAUUGAACGGAAACGGAAACGGCGAGACUGCGCUUCAGGGAACAGGAAGAAGAUCAAACUCGAGCCUGUGAAGACGGAGGACUUUGCUGGACAAUCUAUCGAUUUGACAUGA